AUGUCGCCCUCAAGACGCCCCAGAGACACCAGCGACCUCUUCCCCAUCCAAGUGAUGACCAGCACCGAGUUCAAGAGCAUCCUCGAGAACAAAUCGCUCCCGGGCAGCAAGAAAUCCAAAGUCGAGAAGAAGGCCGCGGCGAAGCGGGCCGCCGCCGCCGCCGCCGCCGCAACCAAGGCCGACGCCAGCCCGAAGCCGAAGGGGCGCAGGCCCUCCACGUCGAGGGACAAGAAGGUCCAGUACAUCGAGUACGGGAUUACCUGGCAGGACGACUUUGGCGAGUGGUUGCAGUGGGAGAUAGCUAGGGAUGUUGGGUUCAUGCCCCAGUUGAUCAUGGGCGGCUCGUAUAGCCCGUGCUGGGGCUAUGGCGGUGGGCCCGGGUAUUACUCGGGCAGCCAGAACGGCGGCACAGAGGGUGAGACGUGUGGUGUGCAGUUUUGUGGAUACGGGGCGGAGGUGCCGCUGCCGCUGCCACUGGAGACGGUGCCGGAGACGGCGCCGGAGACGGUGAUGGGGGAGAUGGAACCGGUGGAGACGAUGCAGGGUGGUGCUGGUGAUGGUGUGCUGGUUAAGAUGGAGACGAUGGAGUAUGUGCACGAUGUUUACGCCCCGGUUGCGUACGCGCUGGUGCCGCCGGAUUACCAGGACGGUGGGUGGUGGGACGUAGAUACGGGCGUAUAUUGGGGCGGUGAUUAUGGGGAGAUGUGUGGAGUGCUGUAG